GGGGCUUUUCAAUCGCCACUUGGCGUUUUGUGUGCAUAAGUGUACGCACCUCAUCAGUGGCCAUAACUUUCGACUUUUUUCGAGUAUUCAGGUAUGGGAUAACUUAGUGCCUCGGGACUCGUCUUUGGUAGCUGGGAAUUGGGUGAAAGCCGUUAAUGGUGAGACAUUCCCUGUUUUUAAUCCGGCCAAUGGUGAACUCUUGCGUUCUGUCCCCGCAAUGUCUUCUGCUGAGUCACAUCAGGCAAUCACAGCCGCUGUAGAUAGUCAAAAGAAAUGGGCAUCUAGAUCAACUUCCGAAAGAGCUGAAAUUAUUCGCCAUUGGGCCAUGGCAAUACGGCGUAACAAGGAACACCUUGCCAAUUUGAUCACCGCAGAAAAUGGGAAGAUACUCUCUUCUGCCCGAACUGAAGUUGAUUCUGGUGUUGCUGCUCUCGAAUGGUAUGCCGAGGAAAGCAAACGGACUUACGGGUACUACGUCCCAACUCUGCUCGAAGUCCACCGAGAGCAGUUGAUCUCUCACCAACCGGUCGGCGUUGUCGGCGUAAUAACUCCGUGGAAUUUCCCUCUUGCCAUGAUCACUCGAAAAGUGGGUGCAGCACUUGCAGCUGGAUGCGCCGUUGUGCUAAAACCUGCAGAGGACACACCACUUUCUGCUUUAGCCAUUGCCCAUCUGGCGACUACAGAAGCAAAGCUACCGGAAGGCUUGUUAAGCAUACUAACUGCUCAGCGCGGGAAACACGGAGCUGAAGAAAUUGGAUCGGUGAUGUGCUCAAGCCCAGACGUCCGGUUAAUCGGCUUUACCGGGUCCACGAAUGUUGGCAGGAUGUUGUACACCAAAGCUGCCACUUAUGGGAAACGUGUGCUGUUGGAACUUGGGGGAAAUGCUCCGUUCAUCGUGUUCCGGUCGGCUGAUUUGGAUCAGGCAGUUUCUGGUGCAAUUGUCUCAAAAUUCCGCUGUUCCGGUCAAACCUGCGUAUCUGCUAAUCGCUUCCUCGUUGAAGAUAGCAUAUAUGACAAGUUUGUUCAAAUGUUGGUUGCGUCAGUGAGCCAGCUUACCAUGGGUGACGGAAGACUUCCAAACACACAGCUGGGACCACUAAUCAACGCAGCGGCCGUACAGAAGGUGCAUCGCUUCGUAGAAGAGGCCAAGACAUCAGGCGCUAAAGUGUUGACUGGUGGAUCGGUUCCGACUUCGGACCAGCACCAAAACGGUCACUUCUAUCCCGCAACCGUCUUGAUCGAGUGCACUCGUGACAUGUCCUGUGUGCGCAACGAAAUUUUCGGCCCUGUUGCACCCGUUCUACGAUUUCGUUCGGAAUCCGAGGCUAUUGAUUUGGCCAAUGCCACGAACCAUGGUCUCGCUGCCUACAUUUACACCCAGCAGAUUCAGCAGGCCUGGUCUGUUGCACGGCAGCUCCAGUGUGGCAUGGUUGGAAUCAACAGUCCACGUGUGAGUGCGGCGGAAAUGCCCUUCGGAGGCGUCAAGGACUCUGGCAUCGGCAGAGAAGGUGGGCCUCACGCCUUGGUGGAAUUCAUGGACGUAAAAACAAUUAACUGGGAUUUGGCAUAAUCAAGAACUCGUCCCUGCUCACCGCUGUUCUUUCUCUUUGUGUGUGGAUGCCAUGUUUUUCUAAACACUUCCUUUUGCCUCUGUCCCAUUCGUGACACUUCAUUGUGCAAUGAUUCCUGAUUUUAUGGAACGAGGUUCUUUGAGUGGAUUUAAUCAUUUCACAUAACAAUUCAAUCCAUGCACUAUACUCACAAUCCUUUUGACGUUACCCAUCUGUGGCGUGUUGUCGCUUCACUCCGGUUGUGUAGCACAUGUCACUGGAUUGGCGAACACUAGAUGAGUGGCGUAUAAUGGAAUUGAAACGUAAUGAUAGAAGAAACCCGAAACAUAGGUCUUGAGGUAACCAGUCAAGCGUGACCAAAUGACGAAAUGCGCAGUGC